AUGAUGGUUUUAAAAUAUUGUGAAGAUGGAAAUUUAAGAAAUUUUUAUUUGAAUAACUUUGAUAAUAUAAAACUUCGUAGAUUGUCAAAUAUUGCAGAUGGACUGUUAAGUGUCCAUAAUGCUGAAAAAGUCCAUAAAGACCUUCAUUCAGGCAAUAUAUUGUAUAGUGGGAUUAUGCAUAUAAGUGAUUUAGGAAUGUGUCAACCAGCAAAUAAUAAAGAUAAAAAAGAAGGAGUUUAUGGAGUAUUACCUUAUAUGGCACCAGAAAUUUUACGUGGAUAUCAAUAUACAAAAGCUGCUGAUAUUUAUUCAUUUGGAAUAGUUAUGAAUGAGUACCUUUCUGAAGAAAUUCCUUUUAAUGAUAUUCCUCAUGAUCAUAUUUUAGCUAUUAAAAUAUGUAAAGGACUUAGACCAAAAAUUUCUGAAGAUAUUCCAAAAUUUCUUGUAGAUUUAAUUAUAAAAUGUUGGGAUGCCAAAGCAGAAAAUAGACCAUCUGCUAAAGAAUUGUAUCAAAUAUUAAGUAAAUGGCAUGAAGAAUAUAUGAAAUUCAAUAAUAAUGAAAUUCAUUCUCAAAUGAGGGAAUAUAAUAGAGAAAUUAGUGAAAAAUCACUGAAAAACAGAUCAAAUGAAAAUAAGUCUGAAAGUAUUAAAACUCAUCCUCAAGCAAUCUAUACAAGUAGACUUUUAAAUUUUAAAAAUCUUCCAGAACCGGUAAAUUCAUCAGAUUUAUCAUCAUUUCAAGUUAAUUCAGAUGAUGCCCCAUCAGUACCAGAAAAUAUAAUUUCAGAAUGCUUUGAUGUUCAAUUUAGUGAAUUAGAUCUUAACGAAAUUAAUCAAGAUAAUUUGAAUGAUGAAUCUUAAAUUAUAGUAGG